AUGCUCCCAUUUAUUGCUCUUUCCGUGCCAAAACCUCCCAUUCCGCGAGGUGCUCCUGGCACGUCCAAAGUACUUAACGGAGUACAAUUGGCAAGAAGUCCUCCUCCUCUCCGACUACAUACAUGCUUUUCCCCCCACAACCCACCUGGCAGGCAGUCAUCUGGUCGGAUAUCGCGACUCAGAAGCGGUCCAUACCUGUCACGACGAUCCGCCGGGGAUUAUUUCGCACUCGACCUGAUUCAGUCCAGAAGCAGCAACAGACAGGAGUCCCCAAGUCGGCCCCCCUUGAGCCCUUCUGCUGCCAUUCCCGAAUCGGCCCAGGAGACAUUCGACUGUGAGAACGGGCGCAUCCGUCACAUCUCGCGCCACCCAAUCACAGCCCACCAUCGACGCGCUCCUAAUUUGCGAGACAUCCACACCACACCCCCGGCCUGUCUGCUGCGUUCUACUUUCUGCUGCCAACCUGGGUACGGAGUACCUACCACAGUGCCACCUCUUCGACUCUGUCGACACUUCUUUCGCCUCUGGAGAAUAAACACGACUGACGGUUGGGUUCCCCUGUUCCUUCUCUCGACCUCUCCUCUAGGUACCUUACUCUCCCACCCCUGGCCCUCGCCAGUCUAA